AUGGAUUGUCCUCAUUCAUCGGUAGAAAAUGUUCUUGAAAAAGCACUUCGAACAUAUGAAGAAAGUGAACGUUCAUUAAAAUCAAUUUGUAAUUCAGUUGAACAAGAAAAUAAUGAAUUAGAAGAUCAAUUAAAAAAUCUUCAAACACAUCAAACAACAUUAAUUAAACAAUAUCAUUUAAUUAAAGAAAGUCUUCAUCAAAUUCGAGGUGAACAUGCAAGAUUAGCUGAACGACAACUAGUCAUUGAUCAACAAACAAAUCAAAUACAACAACGUUAUGAACAAGUUAAAAAUGCUUUGAAAAAAAUAAUUUCUUGUGCAAAUUUAACAAGUGAAGAUUUUUCUGAUGAAACAUUUUCAAUGUUAGGUUUUAAAUUAAUUCGAAUUGAUGACGAAAGACGUUUAACAAAUGAUAUUGGAACUGAUUAUGAUCCACCAACACCUUUUUCAUCAAAACGAAAAUUAAAUCAUCAAAAUAAAGAAUUUGUUUCAACUGAAUUUCAUCAUAAACAUCAUAAAACGAAUUCUUCUUCACAACGAUCAUCGAAGUAA